AUGGCAAGUCGCUGUGCCUGGACUGAAAUCUUAUCACCCCUCGAUAGUCGAUCCCCAUCCGUGAGCUCGGUGCCAUGGCGGUCGCCACCGUUUCCGCCGCCACUGCCAGUUUCUCAUCUUCUCACGUUGAUCCAUUACCGCAAGGAAGAAUGAUUGUUGGCUCAUCCAACAGCACAGCCCUCUUGAACUCGCUCCUACCUAGCGCGAAGUUUCUGUUAUCGUCUUCUAAUCUCAUCGGGGUUACCAUCAGAAGAAAAUUGGUUUGGAGAUGCGAGGCAUCCAGAAGCUACAAUCACAUACCUAAGCAAUUCCAGGAAGAGAAUCUCAAAGACGGAUUGAAGGAAAACUACAAGAAUGUUCCGCAGCACCUCUAUGGUCUCACAGCUUCACAAAUGGACAUGUUCAUGACUGAAGAUAACCCUGUAAGGCGUCAACAGGAAAGAGUUACGGAGGAAAGCAUCUCAUCGGCUAGGAAUUACCUUGAUAACGGAGGGAUGUAUAGCCUAACAGGGGUAACAGAAGGCUCAUCAAAGUAUAGUAUGAGUGUAAGCAUGUACCGUGGAGGUGCAAGAGGCUACGGUAGGCCUAGAACCGCCCCUCCAGAUUUGCCCUCUUUACUUUUGGAUGCCCGGAUUUGCUACUUGGGAAUGCCUAUUGUUCCAGCAGUGACUGAGUUGAUUGUGGCACAGUUUAUGUGGUUGGACUACGAUAAUCCCUCCAAACCUAUUUACUUGUACAUAAACUCUUCUGGAACUCAGAAUGAAAAAUUGGAGAAUGUUGGAUCUGAAACUGAGGCAUACGCAAUAGCUGAUACCAUGGCUUACUGCAAAUCCAAAGUAUAUACCGUCAACUGUGGCAUGGCAUAUGGCCAGGCGGCAAUGCUCCUGUCUCUCGGUUCCAAAGGAUUUCGAGCUCUGCAGCCCAAUUCAUCCACUAAAUUAUAUCUUCCAAAGGUUAACAAAUCUAGUGGAGCUGUCAUUGACAUGUGGAUUAAGGCUAAAGAGCUGGAUUCAAACACAGACUACUACAUUGAGCUAUUAUCUAAAGGAAUUGGAAAACCAAAGGAAGAGAUUGCGAAAGACAUUCAACGCCCAAAAUAUUUUCAAGCACUAGAAGCCAUUGAAUAUGGAAUUGCAGACAAAAUAAUAGAUUCGAGAGACUCUGCAUUUGAGAAACGGGAUUAUGAUAUGCUUUUGGCACAAUCGAAAGCCAUGCGAAGAGGAGCUGGAGGUAGUCCUCAAGCAGCUCCUUCAGGAUUUAGGUAGGUAUGUGCCAUGUAUGCUAUACAGUAUUUUAGCCAUGUUAUAAAGCAGUGUAUUGGUGCAGUACACUACAUAGUUCGCAUGCAUGAUUUCCAUGGCUCCAUCAGGCUUUUAAUUGCUGGUUAUUAAACCCAUGAAUCUACCGUACGAUAUGAAGAUAUGUAUUAGAAAAUAUGAUGGUAAUAUAUUUUAAAUGGAGUCAUGGAAUCAUUAUUGUCUCCAUCUAAUUAUUUUACUUUUUAGUUCUACUUUUGCAAUGUAGAGUCUACUGAGAUGAAUUUGUGUCUUGUCCAAAUGGUUGAGAUUGAGAUUAGUGCCGAAG